GAACUUUAUGUAAAAUAGUGUCACGGUGACCAUUGGAUGGAUGCUAGCAAGUCCCCACCAAACUAUUACUAGUACUUUCAGGAGGCUUCGGCAGUUUCGGCGAUUUCAUUGUUUUGGUGUCCCACAUUUUUAGACACGCGGGUCUCCGAAGGCCACCGUGACUGCAUGGCAUGCACAUAAAUAAGGUCUGUGCGCUGGCUCUCCACCUAUGAUAACUAGCCUCGUAUCUCCGCGAGUUCAGCGACUCGUCUUUGCUUCUUCUACGUCAAGUUUGAAGUUCACACGUACCAUGGCGACGAAAGUACAUGUUAUUGCAGAGACAGGAUUCGGCACUGGGACGAAUGAACUGUAUGAUCGGGCUCGCCCUUCGUACCCAACUGAGUGUCUUUCGUACAUGCGUCAGUUAUCCAAGAGCACAGCACCUUUGAAUAUUGUCGAAAUUGGGGCAGGGACAGGUAUCUUCUCUCGUGCCUUGUUGGCUCACCCGGAGUGGGCUACGAGCAUUGGUACAUUGAGAGCUGUCGAACCUAGCGACGGCAUGUGUGACGUGUGGAGGAAGACUGUCGAUGAUAGUCGUAGUUCUAUUGCCAAAGGGACAUUUGAUGAUACUGGUGUGGAAGACGGAUGGGCAGACCUUAUCAUUAUUGCACAGGCAUUCCAUUGGUGCCCUGAUUAUGGGAAAGCGUCAGCUGAAUUCGGUCGUAUCUUGAAGAAGGACGGCGCAGUCGUAUUUAUCUGGAACCUUGAAGACAGAGACGGUGCAGGUUGGGUUGCACAACUCCGUGACUGCAUCGAGGCUCAUGAGCAAGGGACGCCCCAAUUUCGCCUCGGUCUCUGGAGAAAGACGUUCUCUACACCUGAGUAUACCUCCUUGUUCCAUCCUCAGGAGGAGGUAGAAUGGGCAUAUCAUCUUCUUGCUAGCGAACAAAUUGUUACGGAUCGCGCUCAGAGUAAGAGCUACAUUUCCGUGCUCCCUCCAGACGAAAAGGCUAAGGUAGUGGAGAACGUCAAAGGUAUCCUCGAGCGGGGAGAUGGUAGAGUUUGGAUUAACAAGGAGGAGGGCACGUAUCAAUAUCCAUACAAGACUUACAUAGUGGUAUCUAGAAAGAAGUAGACCUAGAGGAAACAGUCGAGUAGUCAUAACUCCGAGCCAGAAUACAUGUUAUAUACAGAAUCAUCUUACAUUCUCAGCUAUUCUCAGCUCGCGACACAGGGCUGCUGUGGCAGCGUACAUCAGAUCUCUCAGUUGACAUCGAUCGAGCUGUCCUCCACAAGCCUGACAGCUUCUUCCAGAGCAUCAUCUAAGUCGGUCAGCCAUGCCCACUCCCAAUUUUUGGUGAUCGC